UGACGGCAGGCUGUAAGGUCAGUCAGAGUAGAGCCGUACCUAAAGCAAAAUAAACCGUACCGCAUACCAGAUUUAGUACCCGCAGUAAUAGGUAGUAUAACAUGUGCGCUUAUGUGUUUUGUGUAUUCGUCAGCCCGGUUAAAUGGCAAUAGUGUGACGCGUGUGAUAUACCCGGACAGAAGAAAUUAGAUAUAAUAAUAAGAAGUUUAAAAUCAUUAUUUAUUUAUAGUGUGGCGGGUAGUAACAGACUGGGUUCUUUUUUUGGAACUAGAUAAGUUACUUUAAAGAAGGUUUCGGGUACUCUGUAGGUGAAUGAAUAAAAAUGAUGGCUAGAAUGGUAAUCUCUACACUUAUCCCCUUACUCCUCUUGGUGACAGCAACGAGAGGCAAUAAGCUGAAUAUAUCUUAUCAAUGGAAAAUUGUGGACUUUGACUUUGGUAGUUCAGAGAAAAGACAGGCUGCCAUAGACGAUAAAUCGUUUAUUCCAGAAAAUAAUAUUCCAAUGGGAUUGGAAGUGUACAAGAACAGGAUAUUUGUUACUCUACCCAGAUGGAAGUUUGGCGUGGCGGCAUCGUUAGCUUAUAUUGAUAGGGCAACUGAUCCCAUGGACUCUCCUUUAUUAAAACCGUAUCCAAAUUGGGACGCCCAUAGAGCGUUUGGGGAUGCACCUCCAGAAAUCGUGUCCCCCUUUAGGGUUAGAGCAGACCAGUGCGGUAGGUUGUGGGUACCAGAUACUGGAAUUGAGGGUCUUCUGGAAAAUGAACCAAAAGUCAACAAAAAUACAACUAUAAUGAUCUAUGAUCUGCACAACGAUCAGCUAAUAAGAACCUUCGAAAUUCCUUUUGAUCAAACAACAGAGGAUUCAUUCUUUGCCAAUUUGGCUAUCGAAGAUGAAGAUUGUGAGAACACUUUUGCCUACUUUGCCGAUCUGGGAGGUCCAGGACUAAUCGUUUACUCUUGGAAACAGAACAGGAGCUGGAAAGUAAAGCAUAAUUAUUUCCACAUUAAACCAACAGCGGGUGAUAUGAACGUGAUGGGAAUAAGCUUCCAAUGGUCUGAUGGAAUCUUCGGUUUGGCUUUGAGACCCGAAAAGGAUGGAUUCAGCACUUUGUUUUUCCAUCCCCUGACCAGUUUUGACGAAUUUAGUGUUAGCACGAGGAUACUUCGUGAUGAGUCCCUGGCUUCCAACCGCAGCAACUAUCACGAAUUCAAGUUUCUCGGUGGUAGAGGCCCUAAAAGCCAAAGCGGCGUCUCCUUCCUGGACAAAAAGACUGGCGUCCUUUUCUACGCACUCAUCAACCUUAACGCAGUCGCUUGCUGGAGAACUACCAAUCCCGCCUAUACCAUGGAGUCUCAGGGACGAAUCUACAUGAACAACGUCACCAUGGUCUUUCCGAACGAUAUCAAAGUUGACAGCGACGGAUACUUAUGGGUUCUUUCAAAUAAGUUGCCUCAAUUUAUGUAUUCCUCGCUCGACUAUAAUGAUGUGAACUUUAGAAUUAUGUCCGCUAAGGUGUCCGAGGCUAUCAAAGGUACCGCCUGUGCGUCUAAGUUAGUAAAAGAUCCAGAUAUUAUGAAUAAAAUUUCAAAAAUAACAGGGGAUGAUAAGAUUAAAGGAAAAGCAUCUGGGGGUAGUAGAUGUGAUCUUUCACGUACGGUGUUUUUAGUGUUUGCCAUGAUAUUCUUAAGGUAGAACUGAAACACCGCAAAAGUUUAUUUGGCGAGCACAUUAUACGUACAAAAUUUUAACAAAGUAAUCCGGAAUACUCGUAGAUUUAUGCUAUAAAAUAGUACUUAGUAUUUAUGAAGAGUAUAAACACGUAGAAACAGUGCCAAUAUGAUUUUAGUAUAUAUUAUGCCAUUUUAAUAUGUUAUGUCGUUCGUUUUAAAUACGUGUAAAUUUUUGUAGAGAUGUAAAUAGUUUUAACAAUUUUAAGUUAAUAACAUAUUUAUUUUAGGUACUUAAAUUGUUUAAAGUAACUAUUCAGAAUUAUUAUUGUAGAUAGAUGUUUUGUGUGUAUGAUUUUAGUUUGUACUUAUAACUGCAAAAUUCUCUAAUAAAUUAAUAGUGUUUAUUGUAAUAUAUGUUUUUUCUAAAUUCAUUAAAAAUAUAUAUUCUGGUAA